ACCACGAACAACCCUAAAAAACCCAUUUUCUUCCGAUUUCUUCCGAACUCUAAUGGCUGCUUCGUUUCCAUCAAACCGAAGUCGGGAUCAUCAUGUAUUCUUGAGUUUCAGAGGUGAAGACGUCCGCAAAACUUUUCUGGGACAUCUCUGUUCUGCUUUAAAAAAGGAAGGAUUCAGGACAUAUAAAGACGACAAUGAGCUCGAAAGAGGAAGCGACAUAGCCCCCAGCCUACUAGAAGCCAUCGAGCAUUCCAGAAUUGCAAUUGUCGUGUUCUCCGAAAACUAUGCUGAUUCUAGAUGGUGCCUGGAUGAGCUGGUCAAAAUCCUCGAUUGCAGGGACAAGUUAGGUCAGAAUUUUUGGGUUCUACCCGUUUUCUUUCAUGUGGAUCCCUCAGACGUCCGCAACCAGAGGGGGAUCUUUGGCAAAGCCUUUGCGUGUCACCAGAACGUUACCAUGGACAAAGUAGAGAGGUGGAAGACUGCCCUUACCGAUGCUGCGAACAUUGCCGGCUUUGAUCUUCAAAGUGUCAAUGGGGAUGAAUCCGAGUUGAUCGAGAAAAUUAUUGAAAAUGUUAGGCAAAAAGUGCAUCACACUUGUCUUGGCAAGAGGAAGAUGUUUGAAAAAGGUAGUUUUCCUGAAGACCUUGUUAUUGAGAGAGCUCCAGCUCGUGGAAACAGAAUUCCAACAGAGGAUUUAGUGGGGGAAAUUUCUACUAAAGAAGAAAUUUGGGGGUAUUUGAUGGGUGAUGAGGUUGGAAUGAUCGGAGUUUGUGGGAUUGGUGGAGUUGGAAAGACUACGAUCAUGAAGAAUCUCCACAAUGAUUUACUGAGGGAGACUAGAUUUCAGAAAGUCAUUUGGGUUACUGUAUCACAUCUUCCCAAUGUUUUUGAAUUACAAAAGAAGAUUGCUGGUGCUAUGGGCAAAAGACUUCUAAAUGAUGAUAAAGAUGAUGAUGGAGUGAUGAUGAGAGCGGGGGAACUAAUGGAUAUAAUGGAAGGAGUGAAAUUUGUGGUAAUAUUAGAUGAUGUAUGGGAAAAGUUCUCUCUUAAGGAAGUUGGAAUUCCGGAUCCGAAGGCACAGAAUGGGUGCAAAGUAGUUGUCACUAGUAGAUCAAUUGAAGUAUGCAGUUAUAUGAGUUUGAGAGAUAUGGCUAUCAUAAGCAUUGGUCCUGAAUUUGGAUAUAUGAUAAAAGCUGGUAUGAAUUUGGUGGAGUUACCAGAUGAGCAUGGUUGGGUAGAAGAUCCUAAGAAGUUGUCUCUAAUGGCAAAUAACAUUUUAAAAGUUCCUCUUAGUCUGUCCCCAAAGUGUUCCACCCUUUUGACAUUGAUAUUGUCAAGUAAUUCUAAUUUGUCAGAGAUUCCAGAAUCUUUUUUUGGAGAGAUGCUUCCUUUGAAGGUUCUUGAUCUCUCUAGCACUGCUGUUGAGACUCUACCUACUUCCAUCUCUAAAUUGAAGAAUCUAUCUACCCUGCGAUUACAGCUUUGCAAGAAGUUAAAGUACUUGCCUUCCUUGGCAAACCUCAAGGGAUUGAAGAAGUUGGACUUGCACAGGGCAGGGAUUGAGGUGGUCCCACAAGGCAUGGGGAUGUUGAUAAGUCUUGAAUAUCUUGAUUUGUUAUUUUGUCCAAAUCUGAAAGAGAUUCCAACAGGAAUAUUACUUAACCUUUCCAGUCUCCAGUAUUUGGCAGUUUGUUGUUUGCGAGAAACUACAAUAGUGAGAAAUUUUGAAGAGGUUGCUAGACUGAAGAAGUUGGAGACCUUAGAAUGUAAUUUUGAUGACAUACAAGACCUCAAUUAUUUUGUCAACAAGUUCAAAGAUUUCCAAAGGGCUAUUGCUUACAGUCUUCUAGUUGGGAGUGCAAAAGACAUGCGUAGAAAGAGCAAACAUGAGCUUGCAAUUAUUGAUUGCGAGAUCGGGGAAGAAUGUAUAAUGCUUCCAAAUAAGCUUGAAUAUUUGUGGAUAAGGGGAUGUAAAAACAUGGGAAGCAGCUUAAGCAAAAUAGCUCUGUCAGAAAACGCAAAUGAGUUGAGGGCAUGCGAUAUUGAUCAAUGUGCAGAGAUAGAGUGCGUGGUUGAGUUGGACUCAUCCUCCUCCUCCUCCUCAUUGCGUUGUCCUGUAUUUGAUAAGCUCGAAGAGUUGCGGCUUCAUGGAUUGCCUAGGAAGUUGCUUCCACUUGAGCUAUUGCAUACCCUCCAAAACUUAGAGGCGAUUACAGUUACUUUUUGCGAUCAAAUAGAGGAUAUAAUAGCAUCAUUGGAUUCUGAUGCAUCAUCAUCGGAUAAAUUCACUUUCACUUUUCCUAAGUUAAGGGAAUUGCACUUAUCGUACUUACCCCAAUUGAAGAGCAUCUGCAGUGCCAAAGGAGUUAUGGUUUGUAAUUCUAUUGAAAAAAUCACAAUAAGUGUAUGUCCGGAGUUAAAGAGGAUCCCUGUGCAACUUCCCCAACUUGAUAACGGCCAACCAUCUCCUCCUCCUCAUCUCAGAGAAAUCAAGAUACGUGAAAGUUCAAAAGAAUGGUGGGAAUCAGUGGAGUGGGAUCAUCCUAACGCUAAGAACCUCCUUCAACCCUUCUUGAAAUAUUCUACAUAACCGUGGGAUUGAGGAUUCAUUUCAUUUGCAUUUUCUAGGCAUCUUCCAGGAAAUUUCCAGUUAUAAUUUGGACAAGUUCUCUCCUCUUCUGCUUAGCCGGCUACAAUUUUUAUCAUCUGACAGAAUUAUUAGCCUUGCAAUUGGAUUGAUUUGCUGCUACAUCUAAUUCUCUUGGCCUAGCUAAUUUGGUUAUCAUUAUCCAUUUUCCGCAAUUUCUUUGGUGAAACAUACAGGUAUACUAUUUAGAUUUUCGAUCUUGAUUAAGUUAUGUUCUCUUUGAGAUAUAAAAUAAAAAUAUCUAAAUUUU